UCGUCAUCUGAUGCUUCCGGUGCGGUGACGGGGAGUGACGUCACAUCCUCUCGUCCCUGGCGCACCUGACUGACGAGCGGACGACCGGAUCGAUUGACUGCAGAGCGUCAAUGAGAGCAUGGCGAACAGAGACGACGAAUAUGAUUUCUUGUUCAAAGUUGUGCUGAUCGGGGACUCCGGGGUGGGCAAGAGCAACCUGCUGUCGCGCUUCACCAGAAACGAGUUCAACCUGGAGAGCAAGAGCACCAUCGGGGUGGAGUUCGCCACCCGCAGUCUUCAGGUGGACGGCAAGACCAUCAAGGCUCAGAUUUGGGACACGGCGGGACAGGAGCGCUACCGGGCCAUCACCUCGGCGUACUACCGGGGGGCGGUGGGCGCGCUGCUGGUGUACGACAUCGCCAAGCACCUGACGUACGAGAACGUGGAGCGCUGGCUGAAGGAGCUGAGGGACCACGCCGACAACAACAUCGUCAUCAUGCUGGUGGGGAACAAGAGCGACCUGCGACACCUCAGGGCCGUGCCCACCGACGAGGCGCGGGCAUUCGCUGAAAAGAACACGCUGUCAUUCAUUGAGACGUCAGCGCUGGACUCCACCAAUGUAGAAGAGGCCUUCAAGAACAUUUUAACAGAAAUCUACCGCAUCGUCUCCCAGAAGCAGAUGGCGGAGCGGUGCACCCACGACGAGUCGCCGGGCAACAACGUGGUGGACAUCAGCGUGCCGCCCACCAGCGACGGCCACAAGGGGCCCCGAGUCCAGUGCUGCCAGAACCUGUGACCUUCAUCAACAAUAUCGUCGUCCUCAUCCUCCACCGUGGCGUUGGCUGGGAAAAGCACUUUUUUUUUUUAACUUUUUCUUUCUGUCACUCAAGAGACACACGUUGAAUGUUGACCGAGCUGCCGUCACGGAGCAUUUCAGGGCAGACCGAACAGUCGAGCAGUAUUAGGGGCUCACCGGCCAUCUUCUUUUGCGUCAUGCCAAAUAUAUUUAUGUAAUGUCCUCAUCGUGUAUUUAUUGAACACUUACUGCUUAUAUUCACUUUUUUUUUUCCCUCUUGAAGAGUUCAAGACUGAUUAUGUUUACAAUAAAAUGAUCGAAUUAUAAAUA